UGACUAUUUUUAAAAGUUGUAUUUAGUUCUUCCAUUUUAUAUAGAAAUAUUUUUUGUGAGCUUUGGCUAAGUUGAAGCUUCCCUAAAUUCUAAUUAAAAACAAGAUAAAGCAGCUUUUUCCUAAUUUCUUCUACUACAGUUUAUCAGUGUUUCUUAGUCUUUUUCAGACAAAGCACAACUUGAGGGUUUUCAGACGAUUCAUCUUUUUUGGUAAUUAACAUAAUUAACUGCAAUCACUAUAGCACGAGAUGCAGCAUCACCUCACAUUUUGGGAGGCCUGAUGGACACCAUCAAGUUUCCUUUCAACACGUGCUUUAUGAGAACUUCAGUGUAAAAACAUACAUGAAUUCUGUAGUUUAUUCGGUGAUUUGGAAUUAGGGUAAAUAUUCCACGUGACACAAUGCAGUACAGACAGCUAAAAGAAGGACAGCGCAGGCAUUUAAUCAUAUUUGGUGUUAUUGUUUGGUGCUUAGCUGGAUCAAAUCUAAACUAUUAUCUGGAACUGAUUUGAUUAACUUGGAUGAGUUUUGUCAAAGUUCUUAUGCAUUUGGCUUGAAACUUAGAAAGCCACAUGUUUCUAAGCCAUAAUUCUCUAUAGUCAAAAUACAAGUCAUUGGAAUAACACUCUCAGCCUGACUUCUAUUCGGGAUCGUGUUCUGAACACCCAUUUGGUAUCUGCCUGUACUCAAAUGCAUGUCCUGGGCCUUCAACGCUUCCUAAGCCAUUCAAACCGAUAUUGAAUAAUAAAAAUAAGAGAUCUGGAAGUUUUCUUUUCAGAUGAUUACAUAUAUUUUUGUAGUCACUCAAGAACAAUCUCAUACAGAUCUGAAAUAGAGGAGAGUUCCAAACUAUACAUAUCUUACUGCACCAAGUAUGAAUUUUCUUAAGAGAUCUGCAUAUUAAAAUGCUUUCAACUGUCGUCACAGGUCCUUUUCUUUAAAGGACGAAGAAAGAAUAUAUGAACUGUGUAUGACACAUGAGCAUAACAUUUCCUUAUCUGUUUUAUCUUCAGGCAAGGAUUUGUAGAAGAUCCUGGAACACAGAGGAGCAGCUGAGAGCCUUCAGACCAUUUAUUGUCUUCUCUAACCUUACAAAAUCAACUUUCAUCUUCUGGAUGUCCAAGCCUUUCACACCAAAUUUUAAGCUUUACGUUUCCUGCCUGACAACAAAUUACACUCUCGGUCUGUUGUUAUUUUAAGGGGCUGGGGAGCUGAAUUCACUAGCUGACCAGCAUGGCUAAGAUUAGAUUAGUUUUAACUGUUUGCCAGGUGGUGCUAGAAUUGCUAACGAAUUCAUUAACUGAGUCUUCCGUACAGAGUAAUGAAUGUCCCCAGCUUUGUGUAUGCGAAAUCAGGCCAUGGUUUACACCACAGUCAACAUACAGGGAAGCCACAACAGUUGACUGCAAUGACCUUCGUUUAACAAAAAUCCCCAGCAAUCUUUCCAGUGACACUCAAGUCCUUCUGUUACAAAGCAACAAUAUUGCAAAGACCACAGAUGAACUCCAACUGCUAUUUAAUUUAACAGAGUUAGAUUUUUCACAAAAUAACUUCACAAGCAUCAAAGACGUGGGGCUCUCAAAUCUUACUCAGCUAACCACUUUGCACCUGGAGGAAAACCAGAUCAUGGAGAUGACUGACUAUUGCUUGCAAGACCUUUGCAAUCUUCAGGAGUUAUAUAUAAAUCAUAAUCAGAUCAGCAGCAUUUCUGCAAAUGCAUUCUCUGGCCUGAAGAAUCUUUUAAGAUUACAUCUCAACUCCAACAAAUUAAAGGUUAUUGACAGCCGUUGGUUUGAUUCUACUCCUAACUUAGAGAUUCUUAUGAUUGGAGAAAAUCCGGUGAUUGGAAUACUAGAUAUGAACUUCAAACCACUCUCCAAUUUAAGGAGUCUUGUUUUGGCAGGUAUGUAUCUCACAGACAUCCCUGGCAAUGCCUUGGUAGGCUUGGACAGUCUUGAAAGUCUUUCCUUCUAUGACAACAAGUUGGUGAAAGUUCCUCAGCUUGCACUUGAGAAAGUUCCAAAUCUAAAAUUCCUGGAUCUCAACAAAAAUCCAAUUCAUAAAAUUCAAGAAGGUGAUUUUAGAAACAUGCUUAGAUUGAAAGAGCUUGGAAUUAAUAACAUGGCAGAGCUUGUUUCUAUGGAUAGGUAUGCGCUGGACAACCUGCCUGAACUUACAAAGCUGGAAGCCACCAACAACCCAAAGCUGUCUUACAUCCAUCGUUUGGCAUUUCGUAACGUCCCUGCCCUGGAGAGUUUGAUGCUGAAUAACAACGCCUUGAACGCUGUCUACCAAAAAACAGUGGAGUCCCUCCCAAACCUGCGUGAAAUUAGCAUCCACAGCAACCCUCUGCGGUGCGACUGCGUCAUUCAUUGGAUCAACUCGAACAAAACCAACAUCCGCUUCAUGGAACCUCUCUCCAUGUUCUGCGCCAUGCCUCCAGAGUACAGAGGACAACAGGUAAAAGAAGUAUUAAUACAGGAUUCAAACGAGCAGUGUCUUCCAAUGAUCUCUCACGAGACCUUUCCAAAUCACUUAAACUUGGACAUUGGCAUGACAGUGUUUUUAGACUGUAGGGCCAUGGCAGAACCCGAGCCAGAAAUUUACUGGGUCACUCCCCUCGGAAAUAAAGUAACUGUUGAAAGCCUCUCUGACAAAUACAAGCUGAGCAGCGAAGGCACCUUGGAAAUCUCCAAUAUUCAGAUUGAAGACUCAGGGAGGUACACCUGUGUUGCUCAGAACAUAGAGGGAGCUGACACCAGGGUUGCCACAAUCCGGGUGAACGGAACGCUUCUGGAUGGCACCCAGGUCCUGAAAAUCUUUGUGAAGCAAGCUGAAUUGCAUUCCAUUUUAGUUUCUUGGAAAGUUAACUCCAAUGUCAUGACUUCCAAUUUAAAAUGGUCAUCGGCUACUAUGAAGAUUGACAACCCUCACAUUACAUACACCGCUCGGGUCCCAGUUGAUGUACAUGAAUACAACCUCACGCAUUUACAACCUUCUACAGAUUAUGAAGUGUGUCUCACCGUGUCCAACAUCCACCAGCAAACACAAAAGUCCUGCGUUAACGUUACAACAAAAAAUGCAGCUUUUGCGCUUGAUAUUUCAGACCAAGAAACCAGCACUGCUCUGGCAGCGGUAAUGGGAUCAAUGUUUGCUGUAAUUAGCCUUGCCUCCAUUUCUGUUUACAUUGCAAAAAGAUUUAAGAGAAAAAACUACCACCAUUCAUUGAAAAAAUAUAUGCAAAAGACCUCCUCAAUCCCCCUGAAUGAGCUCUAUCCUCCACUUAUUAAUCUCUGGGAAGGCGACAGCGAUAAGGACAAGGAUGGUUCUGCAGAGACCAAGCCAACCCAAGUCGACACAUCCAGAAGCUAUUACAUGUGGUAACUCAGAGGAUAUUUUGCUUCUGGUAGUAAGGAGCACAAAGACUUUUUUGCUUUAUUCUGCAAAAAUGAGAAGUUGAAGACUUUUGUAUUUUUGACUUUGCUAGUUUGUGGCAGAGUGGUGAGGACAGGUGGAUAUUUCAGAAUUUUUUAGUAUAGCGUAUCGCAACUGUUUGACACAAAUGGCAGCUUCACCUAGCUUCCAGA